UCCCGUGGGGCUGUGGAGGUGUCGUGCGGGGCCGGCGGUGCGCUGCGUGUACGCCCCGCUGCUGAGAGCGAGUGGCUUACAUGCAGUGCGGGCAGCCGUGUGUCUGCAUGUGGGAAGUACGCAGACCUCUGCCGCCAGCGUACCGCAACAACAGCAGCAACAACGACAACAAGGACGGCAAUCAUUGCUAGUAGUACUCCUACUCCUACUACUAAUGCUGGACUGACAACGGCACGAAGGGCUUCUGGACCUUGGACAUGGGAUGAUUUUCUUGAACAAGAAAACCAUGAAAAUAAGUGUAAAGGUAGUACUGGUGAGACGACAUUUGUAAUGGGUUGUAGUGUCUGGAAUCCAUCUGGUAAUCCUAACCCUUCAAAACAGGCUCCCAGUGGAAGUGCAAGAGCACCAGAUUCAACUGGUAAAAAUGCGGUAGUGAGUGGUCCUGGUAGACCAGGCAGUAGUGGUCAUGAGAGAGAAGGUGGAAGUAGUGAAUUAAAUACAGAAGCGGAAGUGGGAGCGAGAGAAGUUGUUCGUGCUGAAAGUGAUAACUCACCGAAAGAUCCUUCCUCGGAACGUGAUUCACAAAGGCAAACUCAAGAGUCUGCUGCACCUUCCCAAGGUGACGAAGAAACGUCGAAUAACGCAAGGGAUAUCAAUACACCUGGCAACUCUAAUCCUACAGAGCAAUCUCCUGCAGCUGCAGUUCCCACUGCCACAGAAAGCUCCAACGAAAACGACACCACUUCUCAGCCGAGCCCCGCAAAUACUGCCAGUGAAGAAUCAACCGCGACUCCUUCUCGUGACUCUAAUCUUAAUCAGCAAUCUACUGCAACUGAUGAUGUGACUGCCGCACCAAACUCACACGAAACAAAUACCACUACUCCGGCUAGUCCCGAGAACAAUGUCACUGAAGCACCAACCACCACUCCAUCUCCUGUUCCUGUACCCAACACAGAGAUCAGCAGCAACAUCGCCUCCACAGUACAGAAGAACAAAGCUAAUGCUGAUAGCAGUGUCAGUCCUGUGUGGAUGCGCAAUGCAGCACCGCUGUUGAUUGUGGCUAUGUUGUUCUCCGUUACCAUGUACUGA